AAUUAAUUCGGAAACAAUUAUAGCGAUGAGUAUGAAUGAUACUUGGCAUUUGGCAAACCGACACCUCUCGGUUUCGGUUUUAAGUAAAACAAAUCCGGUUUAAGAUAUGCAGUAUAGUAAUAAUAUCACAAAUCACAUGUCCACGUAAUCAAAUGAGUCACCUCGACUUGACUUCCCCUAUAAAAUGUCCCUCUUGUUCGCAAGAGUAUCACCAGUCCUAUGACUCCCUCAAACAUUUCUUGAAAACAUUUGUAAUCAUAUCAGAAUAUUAGCUCUUUUUAAAGAUUAAUAUAAGAUUUAAAUUAUAAAAAUAAAAAAGAGAAAGGGCCAGGUCUUGUGUCGUGUGGUGUAGGGUAUGAAGUUCUUGUUGGAGCUCGUCGUGCCUUGUUUUGGUUCGCAGCAGCUCCACCAAUCCGCCGCAACCGCGGAUGAUUCCAUUUCCGGCGAAACGCAGUCGCUAAUGAAACAGAGAAGACGACGGAAACGCGUUAGAGUUGCGGGUCAACCUGGACAAGCGGCGGAGUGGAGACCGUCCCUCAGCGUGAUCUCUGAGCACAAGCCGCCUAUAAAAGAGACAUCGGAAAAGGUGAAAGAGAAGAGGAAAGUACGUCGUAAAAGUGAAGGCAGCGGCGGAGAAGCAUCUUCCCGAUCUGGUGGCGGUCAUGUUCGAUUCAGCAGUAACGAUUUUGGGAGAAAUGCUUUCGAACCAGUAAUCCCGGCAUUCUCACCGACUCCGUUCAUGUUUUGAGUUUCGGUUUUCUUACUGAAGUUUAUAUGUAUAAUAAUAUAUAAAUAAAUAACGUAAUGGAAUGAUGUAGCAUUAAUGUAUAUAUAUGUAUGUAAUAUUGCCAUCUAUAUAUAAAAACAUAUAUAUGUAACUCUCAAACAAAAAGAGUUUGUCUUUUAAUGUACAGUUGAUCCGCUU